AUGGGGUCCACGAAGCCCGAGAAGAAGGAGAAGAAGGACAAGAAGGAGAAGAAGCACAGCGAAGCCAGCGACGGCGUGACCAAGCCCUCCAAAAAGGACAAGAAGGAAAAGAAGGAGAAGAAGGAGAAGCUCAAGCACGCCGUCAACGCCGCGCUCGACGACCAGCUGCAGGCCGACGCCGAAGCCUCCUCCUCUUCAGUAGCAGUCGCUGUCGUGGCCAGAGACGAGUCGGACGACGAGAAGAAGGACAAGAAGAUAAAGGCGGCGCUGGUGCCCGUGGUCGGCGCGCUCGUGCCGUUUGCGCGGCCCCUGGCUGACGAGAAGGGCACCAAGAAGAUCAUGAAGAGCGUGCGGAAGGCGGCCAAGAACAAGACCCUCAAGCGCGGCGUAAAGGAAGUCGUCAAAUCCCUGCGCAAGUCGCCCGCCGCGGGCCCGGGCAACACCUCCUUCCCGGGCGUCGUGGUGCUGGCCGGCGAUAUCAGCCCCAUGGACGUCAUCAGCCACAUCCCCGUGCUGUGCGAGGACGUCAACGUGCCCUACGUCUUCGUCGCCUCGCGCGCCGAGCUCGGCGCCGCCGGCAGCACCAAGCGGCCCACCUCGGUCGUCAUGGUCACCGAGAAGCGCAUGGGCGGCGGCGGCAAGAAGGACAAGGAUGGCGACAGCAAGAUCGCCGAAGACGCGGAGGGCGAGGAGGACUUCGCCGAGGUCUACAAGGACCUCGUUAAGCUUGUCGAGAAGGAGACGAGGGCGCAGCUCAAGUUCUAA